AUGUCGUUUGGAGGUACACAAGCCAUGUCGCCGACAACGUCGAACGUAUACAAGAUCGGUGGUCUCGCCACGUCCAACAUGGGAGUUAAGCUUGAUUUGAUUAGCUGUAUUCUCGUAGCCGAAUCAUUGCAGUUCGACGAACUGCCAAAAUGCACAACUUAUCAUGUACUGUAGGAUGAUCGUCAACGGCUGCUCUAGCUCUAACCUCCGACCGCCGGGCGGCACGGCAGGAGGGCUCAUGCCGCAAGCUUCAUCGGCGAGCCUUAAUCCCCACGCGCCCGUAGAUAAGCAGACGCUGGAAAACGUCAAUUUCGAUCACGUGAUCCGAUUGAUAGAAAAGCUGUCGCUUUUUAUGGUAAAAAAAUGUUGAUAAGAGUUAACGUCCUUGAUUCAGGAGUUCUUGUUGGGAAAGAUGAGAGAAGAGUCGCGCGAUAGCUACGACGCACAUGCAGUACGUGGACUUAAGAGAGCACUUCCACUUCUCUGUAUCUAUAUUUAAAUAUUAAUAAAUAUUGUGUGAUGGGUGUGGGAAUGAAUGCCGGUCACUGUUUCCAUUUCUCUUGGUCUUGCCUUAUUAUGCCACUUAAGUACUAGAGAUAAUUUUAAUUUUUCUAAUUUUGACCGCAAGAUGCAGAAUCCCGCGAUGAAUCUUCACUCGGUUACACGGCGCGAGGUCGUGGAGCUUUUCAUGAUACUCUGUCCUGAUGCGACACGGAAAACAAAACAGGGCAUUCCUCUGGAGAUCAACAGUGACGAUUUGUUGAUUCUCUGUAGUAUUCCAGGGACCCGCUUGACCGCAGAUCAGAUCAAGCAAAUGGCAGAAGAUUGCGACCGAGACGGAAAUGGCAUUAUUACAGUGGAUGAACUCUACAACGCGAUUACACAAGGUACUUCUACCUCUACGCACGUAGUUUCUCGCUAACUCUUAAAGCACUGAGGAUGAGGCAAUCGCUUCUGCGAUAUGAUGAGCACUGUAAAUGUUGCUGAAUCACUUGUCGAACAAGAGAGCGAUGAUAUUGGAAUGAGUCGGUUGAUCGCAUUACAGGCUGCAGGUUCUCUAUUUCUGAUGAUAUUUCAUUUGCACGAGUAUCUAUGUAUAUUAUAAGCAUAACAGGUUCUCUUGCGUUCAACAUUGUCCUGAAGGAAGUGCGCGGAGACAAGGGAAGCUUGAAAAACGUGGAGGAGUGUAAUCGUAACCAGUUGGUGAAGUACCUGAGGUACCAGUUCAACAAGAAUGAUGCCUGUUUUUCGUUGCCGUUCACGUUCCUCUUCUUUACCAUGUUUCUUAUGUGGAUGGGAUCUCACUUGGAAAUUCGGAAGACCUACGAAUUGCACUCUGCGAUAGAAAACGAAAUAUCUGGUGAGGGAGGGACGAGCAAUGCGAUGGGGCCAUUUCUAGAAAGGGACGUUCAUGAUGUAUUACGUUUUCUCUGGCUUUUUUCAACGUAAGACUUAAGUUGGAAGGCUAAGGUGAAAAUGGUGUACUGGCACCUUACCAGUAAAAACAAGUAUUCUUAAACCGGAGAGAACAAACAUCUUUGGUCACUAUAGGCUGUUAUUCUAGGUGUAAUAAAGAAAAGAACAACGUAAAUCAGGAGCGGCUAGCUCUAUCAUUCAAAUAGAGUCUCUUCCACACCCGCAGAUUCCGACUUCUCUCUAUUCUUCUACAUCCGCAGAUUCCGACUUUCUGGGACUGGUUUCAUAAGUCGUUCGUUGCUGCUGCUUUUCGCAGUAAUGGAACGGAUCAUCUAGUACCGGAUUUUCCAGUGCCAGGACGUUUAGCCAGUUUCAACCAGAUUGUUGGAGGGGUUGCACUGACCAAAGAGGAGGUGGAGAAUGCACCUUGCGAACAAAGCCCUGACGUUUUGUCGUUCUACGAUAGUCGAUUAUGAAGCGGUCUUCGCUCACGGUUUCUUCAUCAAAAAGUGUUCGAAAGAUUAUAUAUUUGAAUAGUCGUUGUAGUUGGCUUUCUGGAGAAUCUUCCAACGAGAGAAUAUGAUCUAUUUCUCUCUUUGUGUUGCGGACUUCACGUUCACACUUGGGUAGUACCAAAGCUAUCUCCAACACAUGGGGCACUGCAGGUGCCAGGCGGCGAGUGCCAAGCGCCAGACAACGGCGACCCAGAACUGGUUACGCAGUUUUUUCUUUACCAGCAACGCAAUAGCGACAUUCGGAAACGGAUCGAGCAGUUGAUGCACUCCGUGUGGCUUGAUACGAAGACAACGAAAAUGCGCAUCCGGAUUCUUUUCUACAAUGCGCACUACGGGAUGUUCACCGACUGCAGUUUGGAAUUCCUCUGGAGACGACAAGGACUUUACUCGAUACAUUAUGACACAAAGUGAAGAUGAGACCUCAAAUUCAUACUCAGAUAGAUAGUCAGAUGAAGAGGCAGACUCGUGCUUUGUUUACUUACCCAAAUUGAGCCAAUCUCAAUGUCUAUUUUCAUUCGACACCUGGCUGGAGCCGGGCUUGUUUUUCUGAAGACAAUGAGGAGCAUUCUCGAGAUUUGAUUAUAUUAACAGCUGAGAUAGUGGCUUGAACUUGAUUAUAUUAAGCAGCUAAAAACAAUAACAAAAAACAAUCUCAUGAAAUUUUUAUAUAAGCAACCUCCUCCCAUAACAGGAAGUUGGUAACUCCCCCUCCCCCUUUGUGUUAGAGAUGUGCUGCAAAUCUUGAUUCGCUCCUUCUUUUUCUAUAAGGAUGGGGUUUAGGUCCAGCGACGCUUAAAGCACAAAAGUAAAGCCACCGGUUAGUUUUCACCUCCAAUCUUAGGCUUAUCCCUUCAAACAAUAUAUUUACAGCCAUGCAUAUAUUUGUUGAUGAACAUGGAGCAGCAAAAAUUUACCGGAUUCUAAAACGUGUAUCGUCUGGUUUCGUUUUUGGCAGACCCGUACUACUCGUGGGCGACGUAUGCUUUCGACUUUAUCUACGGCCUCUUGCUGCUGAAAAUGAUGUAUUCGGAGUCCAAAGAAUUGAUUCCCGCUAUAAAGAACGGGGUGGACGGUUUUAUGGACUACUGGGAGUUCUGGAAUGCCGUUGAUUGGCUCAGUAUCACCUUUGGCAUUGGCCUCCUCGCACUGUGGUGGCAUAUAACGAUUCUCAUCCUAGGCCCACUUCGCGUGCAGAUCGAAGCGUUGCCACAGGUCUUGCUGUUGCGCUUUUGCAUGAUGCAUGGGAAAAGUAGAGUAAGAGCGUCUGAUGAAAGCUGUGAUUGACAUUGACUAGCAGUACUGAAUAGUUUUUCUGAGUAGUUAUGAGUCGAUGUAGUCGUAGUGAUAGCUAAUGAUCAUAUUGAUUUAGAUAAGAAUUCGACCUGCCAUUUUUAUCAUGCCAGCAUAACUCAUCUAGAUCGGCGAUGAUGGAGACUCCAUAGACCGGUAUAUUCAUAGCACAGCGCGACGCGAGUAUUUGUCCGAGGCAGACAUUCUGUUGCAUAGUGGCGCGAACUCGAUGCAAGAAAUUUACGCCAAGUUGGAUGCUGUGCACGAGACCAGCGGCAAUAUAGCGUGGCUGUACGAACUACUCCGCGUCUUCAUCGGUAUCUACCUGCUGAUCAUAAUGCUAAGGUUUUUCAAGGGGUUUCGUGCAAAUCCGCGCCUGGAGGUGGUCACGCGCACAAUAGUAGACGGAUCGUCCGACAUCGCGCACUUUUUCGUUGUUUUCAUGACCAUUUUCCUCGCAUUUUGUGCAACUGCACAGACACUUUUCGGAUCGCGCCUUAGAGCUUUCUCAGACCUGGCGUCAGCACUCAAUACAGGUAUUUGCUAUUGUACAUACUCACCUACUGUAUUUGUAUUAUACAUAGUCAUAAUGUAGCUACUCAAGUACUGGUGAUUUUCUAGAGAGAAAAGGAAUCUUAUCGAUGUUGCCGCUCGUUAAAUAAAGUUAAAUGAGCAGGCACAACUAUCUAAACUAAAACUUUCCUGUUCCGCCACCUUGUUACUUCACUCCAUUCGUUUCACGCUCAAAGGUUUUGCGAUAUUGCUUGGCGAUUUUGACUUUGCUUCUUUGGUUGGGAAAGACCAGCCUAUUCACUUUGUGAGUGGCACGCUUUGGUUUUGGAUUUUCCAAUGGUCGGUUACGAUUAUUAUGUUCAACAUUUUACUUGCUAUCGUGAUGAACCAGUUCGCAAAAGCAGAUGCCGCCCAAGUCGGAGCCGAAACGAUUAUCGAGCAGGCUUUCUCUACUUACAGGUACCGAGCAAUCUUUAGUGUGUAGAUGUUCACAACGUCAACUUCGAUUACGAAGGAGUAGAAGAGAAUACAUCAUACAUAGAUUGAAAAGCUGGGGUGGUGUACUAUGAACAACUCAUACACAUACACAUGAAGCAUGAUGUUAAUGAUCUACAAAACAACUGUCCCCGCAACCCAGCUCUGGUCAAUUUCAGGCAAAUGAAGCAGACAAAGGGGCACUUGGAUAUUUGGUACUUGCUCUGCGAGUUUGAGGAUGACGACGAUCCCGCCCACCCAGAUAAGAACAUCUCAGCGCGGUCCCUACGCAGGGCCUUUCCACGCAUGAGCAAGCACAAUGCCGAGUAUUUGAUUUUUUCUGCUCUCGAAUAUGACGCAAAAGAAAAUGAAAGGGACGAGGACGUAACCUUGAUGAUGGCCUGUCGUAUGAUUACGAAGACACUGGCCUAUAGCAAGCGCAUGGCGACAAGCAUGGAUCAGCUGCUAGAACGAUUGACCAUGAUGGGUCUGCAUAACCCAAAUGCCGUAGCAGGAGGAAUUGGUGGAGUUGCAUCAAUGGUUGGCGGAGGGCCAAGUAUUAUGAUAUGAGGAAAUGGAAAGUCCUCAAAGUGUUAGUCUUAGUGCGUGCUGAGUAGAAGAGAUAAUUAUAAUUUGGAGGAGCAUCAACAUCAAGAACAAUAUGUUCCUAGAGGCUGCUACUCCUACAAGGCCGGCCUCAAAGGAGAGCUGUUGCGUCUAAAGUUUUUAGUUUGCCAAGUUUUGCCAGAAUGAAUCAGAAUUUUUUUCUUCACAUUUUGCUUUAUCUAAUUCUUUGACGACUUCAGCCAAGAACAGCCAGCUCGCUUUGCUUUCCUCAAUGGGCGGUCCAGGAACCAUGAAUGGUGCUGCUUCGAUGGGAGGAGUUAUGCCCAGCUUUAUGCCAGCCGCUUCUUCAAUGGGGGCGGCAAACAGUGGCUUCUUCAGCUCACCUUCCAUGCCUGGACCUGGCAACACACUCGCAGCCGACACUGGACGCAUACCCACACUGCUCGAGUACACUGACGGUGUACCUACUGUGGGUGAGGGCGCACCAUCGAACGGACCCGCCGGUGGCGGGAAAGCCACGCGAGAAGAGGCGAUGACUUUCUUGCGAGAUCGAUUCAAUUGGCUUGAUCGCCGAUUUGCGGAGGGAUACCGUGAUCAGGAGCGAAUAGAUCAAAAGCUGAAUGCUAUUGUUCGGGCCAUGGAGAAGGAAGCAGAGGCGUCAGCAAGAACAGCUUCAAAAGCGCUCGUUGCAGGCAAUCAUAGAGGAGGUGGAAGUAAACAACUUAUGUCUGGGUUACUUGCUUGCAUAAAUUAGAAUAUUCGACACCAAGAAGAACUACAGUAAGAAGAGACGAACAACGAUCAGGAAGAUAAAGGAAACAUAUUUACGCACCACGAAGACGGGGCUUCCAUCUCGGGUUCUUUUCGUUCCGCUUCCUUCAAACCGAGGUUGCCAACGAGUCUCAAUUCAAUUUUCGAUUUCUAAAAUGACGCUGUUCCUUCUUUAAUAUAGUUUCGUUAAUACUGGCACCAUUCUUUCAUAUCAAAGCACCAGAAUGAGAAUCCACUCGACUGGCGACGGCUUCGACGGCUGGAGGAUCAGAUAAGCAACAUAGAGGACCAGAACACGCGCGUCUUGGAGGUGGUAGAAAAACUUGCCUUCCAAAUCCGACAGAUGCAAAUGCCGCGAAGGCCAGGAUAAGGACGUUAUCAAAAACGAAAAUGUUGGGCGUCUCAGUCGCUACCUCAUCAAAAAAUCUCGAUUUUUACUAUUUCUGAGUAAGUAACAUUAUUUCUGCUUGCUAUAUUUUUUGCCUGAAGUAGAUAAUCGCAGCUACUCAAUGGACACUGUGAGAAGGCGUGCAUUUACUUAUAAUGAAGCUAGAACUUUUUUUUCAUGAUGGGUACUUCUCUCAGGCCUAAUCUUGCAUGUUUCGUUUUCAAUGGCCUAAACGUGUGUUUCGAUGUCGACUGUGCAUAGCUUAGUUUGAUUUAGUGUAUGCCUCAACUCAAUGAACAAUGCAGUUGAGAAAGUAAUUGAGUCAAUGUCAACCCAGCAAGUGUUUUUGUCAGCGUGAAAUCACUAGUAGUGCUACUGAGUAGACGAAAAUUAAAUGGAAGACGUGAAGUGCAAAUGGAAGUUGUUGGCCGGGUUAGGCUUGCACCCCACCAGUGCCCUGUCUUACAUUCAUCUAUAUCUCUAGACUGAAUGUUUCCUCGACGAGGUUCGAUGUGGUAAUGUCCUUUGUCUUGCAAGCAGGAACAGCUGGUGCAAGUGCGUAAGCAAUGAAUAAAAUAUGUCUCGGAUACUAAGUCCUCUAAUUGUCGAUAAGAAAAUUACAAUUCUUGCAUCAGUUCCCGAGAAAAGCAUGAGAAAUUGUGUCCGUCUAUUUGAAUCACGGAGGUGAGUGUGAAGCGUGCGAGCAGCAGCAAAACAGGGUGAAUCUUUUGGAUAAGUAAUUUUCAUCAUAGUUACGAACUAUUUCGUCAGCAAGCUCAUUUUUUUCGCAAGCAGAGUGUCCAGCAGCGACAGUGUUUGAAUGUUUUGAUAAUUCCAAGAUAUUUAAUUAAGGGAUUUUGAAACAAAUCGGGCAGCGACGAGUAUUAUAAUUGAUUGCGCCUACAAUUAUGAUGCGACCAUCCCUCUCGGCUGACUGAAUGAAUUGAACGGCAGACGAAAUCAGAAUGUAGCUGAACAUCAGUGAACUCCAACUGCAACCUUCAUUCACUCCAACUGCAAAUAUGCGAUGCUGGAGUAAUAUAAAUUUUAUUCAUUCAUGAUAUUUCCAAUUUUCAAUGUACUUUCGUUCUACUGAAAUACAUUUAUAAAUAAAAUUGUUUUUCUUGAGGUAUGAAAACUUGAAUGUGACUAGGACUACGAAAUACAAAUACACUGAACGAAAUUUAGCUAAUGGAGUAAAGUAACACACCAUACGUACACGAGUAUAGCGUCAACAACAUUAUCAGUAGAACAACAUCAACAAACAGAAAAACUGCAAUUUUCAUAGUUUCUAAGGUACUGGGGAGGAUUAGAAUGCCAGCGUCUUCGUUGUCUGCUCCUGCGGCAGACGCCGCGAUUGGGCUUGUAGCAGUCGCCGC